AUGUCGGAUCAAUUAGGAAGUGCGAAAUAUUUUUUCACGUUUGACUUGGCAUCAGGCUUCCGACAGAUCCGAAUGGCCCAGGAGGAUGCCCACAAAACGGCAUUUUCAAUACCAUAUGGGCAGUUUCAAUUCAAAAGAAUGUCCCUUGGAUUAAAAAACGCCCCAACAACGUUUCAACCCUUGAUGAACUCAGUGCUAUCAGAAUUGCAAGGAGUAGAACUAUUCAUCCGUCUGGACGACAUAAAUCGAGAAGAUACAUUCAACAAUUUUAAAACAAGCGCUCCAAUAGAUAAAGGAGCCUUGGAGAUGAAGAAAAUAGGAAGGCUACCGCAUUACGAAAGACUCAUGUUGGAAAGAGCAAGUUUGAAUCAAGACUCCGAAAAAUACAUCGUAUCCCUAUUGGUAAAGGAAGACCGAAAUAUUCCUAUAAGGCCAGAAAAUUUACUAAACUCGUUGAGAUAUCUACUGGACGUAGUAAAUGAAAAACAAUUAACGUCCUUUAGCAAUAGUAAAGGAAAUUCGGAAGAGAUACUUUGCGACACACAAUCAAGAAAUGGAAGGAAGUAUUUAUGGAAAAAUCCAUAA